AUGGGCGCGCGCGGCGGCGGAAGGCGGAGAGCAGGCCGGCGCCGUAGACGCGGGGGACGCCGGCUCGCUCGCUCCCUCCCUCCGACGCUGAUAAGUGCCCAAGAGUUCAAUUGCUGGGUCAUAUGAUUAAAGGAUGCUGUUUGGAAAAGUUUCCUGGCAGUUGUGUGGCUUAAAGAAACUCCCAUGGUCAUGUGACUCCAGAUACUUCUGGGGCUGGUUGAAUACAGUGUUUAAUAAAGUGGAUUAUGAACGCAUUAGGGAUGUCGGCCCCGACAGGGCAGCAUCCGAGUGGCUGUUGCGAUGUGGGGCCAUGGUACGCUACCAUGGCUAUGACAGGUGGCACAAGAACUACAACAACCUCCCAACAGGCUCUCUAGACAAAUACAAGAUUCAAGCCAUCGAUGCCACAAACGCUUGUAUCAUGAGUAUGGGAUUUGAUCACAUGGACGGCUUAGAGCAUGUUGAAAAAAUGAGACUAUGCAAGUGUCAUUAUAUCGAGGAUGACUGUUUGCAGAAAAUUGGUCAACUUGAAAAAUUACAAAAGAGCUUAUUGGAAAUGGAAAUAAUUUCCUGUGGGAAUAUCACAGACAAAGGCGUCAUUGCUUUGAGUAAUUUAAGAAACCUCAAGUAUUUGUUGUUAAGUGAUCUUCCUGGAGUUAAAGAAAAAGAAAAUCUUGUCCAAGCCUUUAAGACAGCACUGCCUUCUCUGGAACUAAAAUUAGACUUGAAGUAAAAUAAUAAGUGUCUUAUUUGAGUAUAAAAGAUCAUUUGAAAUUGUUGAUCCUAAAUAGCAACAAAUAUUAUACAAUCACCAAUAGAAUUAUAAGGAUGUCAUAUCAUGACAUUGUAGAAGUAGAGAAUCCACCAUAUGCAGAAAAUAAAUAUUCAGAUGCACUCACUAAAGUUACUGAGAAUUUAUGUACGUUAAUUCAUUUUAGGAAAAAUGCAAACAAGGUAGCAUUUUAAAUCUAAUAUAUUCCUCAUUUAAUAUACAAAUAUAUAGAUAUCUCUUGUAGAUACUCAGUGUUCUUUAAAGUGAUUUAACUGUGUAACACAGAUAUUCUUUAUUGUAUUAUAGCAGUAAUUUGUAUUACAUUUUACCUUAAAGUUACUGAAGCAUGUUACUAUAAAUGCACAAUUAUGAAAACCUGGAAGCUAAAUCACAGAUUCAUUGAUGGAGUCAAUUAUGCAAAAUAGUCAGUGGUUGUUGAGGCAUGCAUUUCAUGUUGAUUCCCAGGAUUUGCCUGCAUUUCCUAUGAUCCAGCAUUCCUGUGAUCUUGAUAGCAUAUACCAUUUCUCAAAAUGCAUAGUUGUUGGUUAAUUUGUCUAUUUUGUAAGCUUAGGCUAGUGUUUUAUUAAAACUGGACUUAGAUACUUGGCUGAAUUCAAAUAGUUGUGUUGAUUGCAAUAGAAUAAAAGAAACAAUUAUAAAGACCA